UGUCAUAUCAGCACGUGGUAAUUCCCAAAGAAAAAUCAAUAAACACGUUAGCAGGACUGUAUCGUCUCACGAAAUAUAAAUUCAGUGGCACCAGUCAGCCAACAUUAGUGAACAAGUGACCGUACGCACAGCAAAAUGCACAGCUGUGGGAUAUUAAUAGUGUUAUGCGUUGGAAGUCUUUCUUCGACCGGCGCGGGCUUACCAAAUGUCGAUCAGCUGAUGACAGACUACUGGGAUUGGCGAAUCUCUAGGACUCCUGAAUUCGCUUCGUUUGUCGGCAUCCAUGACUACGACGACCAGCUGGAUUCCAUGACCUUAGAGGAGUACGCAAAUCGGCUGGCCAAAAGUCACGAGUUUUUGGACCGCGUUCACUCUGCCCUCGCUGUCAACAUGACUUUGCCCCACGCCGACGAGGUCAAUCUGAAGAUAUUGCAGGACGAGUUGCAGACUUUUAUCGAUGGGUAUCCUUAUAUGGGGUUCCUCCUCCCCCUGAGCUACAGCGAGGGCGUCCACAUCGACUUCGAAAGACUCAUCACGUGGAUGAUCUUCGAGACGGUGGAUGACUACGAAAAGCUACUCUCCCGUCUCCAUCUCCUCCCGCAGCAGCUGGCGGAGGUCGAGGCGCUGAUGAGAGAGGGCGUGGCCAGGGGGAUCGUCCAGCAUGCGAUUACGAUGAAAGGCGUCGGAGAGAGCCUGGGAAGGUUUGUAGUGGAAACAGCUGAGGAAUCGCCGUUGUGGUCGACCUUCACGAGCUUCCCUGACGGAUUCACGGAGGAGCAAAUCCAGAGCUUACAAGAACGCGCGCGAAACGUCAUUGUCUCCGAAAUUUCGCCGGCGUUCGAAACACUCAAGAAUUACGUGAACAAUGAAUAUGUUACACGCCCUGAUAUUGCUGCUACGAGUUUGCCAGAUGGAGUUCAGCGUUAUAAUCAACUCUUAAGAUUCCACACCUCGACCAAUCUGGGAGUAACUGACAUCCACCAACUCGGUCUGGAUGAAGUCACGCGCAUUGAAGGAGAAAUGGCGAAGGUCAUCGAAGAACUAGGCUACGACAUGAGCGUACCUGAGUUUUCGGCCAUGAUUCGAAACGACUCGAAAUUCUACCUGAACGACCCGGAUGAAAUGAUGGCUUAUUUCGAGCACCUGAGUUACGAAGUGAUCCCUCCGGAGCUCUCCAAGGUCUUCGUGAACCUGCCCAAGACGGAGCUCAAGUUGGUGGCAAGGCCCUCUCCGGAUGGCACUGCUGCUUUCUACACGACAGGAUCCUACGACGGCUCUCGGCCCGGCAUCUUCUACGUAAACACUUAUUUCUAUGAUAAACAGCCGACCUACGAGAUCAUGACCCUCUCCCUGCACGAAGGCAACCCGGGCCACCACCUGCAGGGCUCUCACAGCCUCGAGUCCCCCAGCAUGCCCUACUUCAGGAGAGUCAUGGAAGACAGGAACUACUACCAGGCUCCCUCCAGGUUCCCCAUGAACACCGGCUUCCUCGAGGGAUGGGGGCUUUAUUCCGAGAGUCUUGGCUUCGACAUGGGACUCUACGGAGAUCCCUACGACAGGUACGGCCACUACUCCUUCGAGAUCUUCAGAGCUUGCCGUCUGGUGGUGGACACGGGCAUGCACGCCCUUGGCUGGACUCGUCAGGAGGCCGUUGACUUCUUGACACAACACUCUGCCCUGUCCCUCAAGAACAUCGAGAACGAGGUCGACCGCUACAUCACGCAGCCGGGUCAGGCAGUCGCUUACAAGGUCGGCCAGCUGACCAUUUCCAACCUGCGGGCCAGAGCUGCCGCAGAGCUGGGGGAGGUCUUCGACGUCCGCAAGUUCCACGACCUUGUGCUGAACUCCGCUGGGCCUCUGGUCUUCGUGGAGGAAGAGGUCGACGCGUGGAUAGCUGCUGGAGGAGGAAAAUGAGGAAGGGAGAGCUUCAUGAGGUUUUUAUUGGCAGUGGGAGUAAAUCGAAGCGUUUUGAGGGCGUUUCAAUUUACCCUCUUGUCUUUAAACGCGGCCUUCGCCUUCCAUUUCAUAUUCUGAAAAAUCACUGUAGAGUAAACUUAAUGUGUACCUGUAUAUAUAGUACUUAUAUGCACACACACACACACACACACUCACACACACACACACACACACACACACACACACACACACACACACACACACACACACACACACACACAUGUAUAUUUGUGUGUGUCUUUGUGCUUUAUUUCACAUACGUAUAUUUUCACAACACGAAAAGAUAUGGAAAUGAAGCUACAUAUUCAUAAUGAAAAUGAAAGUGCUGAAGUAAAACAAAACAUAAGCUAAAAUGUUUGUAAAUUAAGCAUUAACGAACCAUUACAAAUCAAAUAAGAAUAUAUGAAAUGGACAUCAUAUGAUAAUUGGGUCAGAAGGACAAGUGAAUGUGCAGCUAUCAAGAAUAAAAGCAUUGAAUGAAACUUUUA